AUGGAAUCUCAAAUUGUGUCUUGGCUAGAAGAAAUAUCUAAUUUUGAAGAUGCUAGUACACAGAUUGUUGAUGAAUAUGUGUCAGAUAGUGAUCGAUCUAGUCAUCAUAGUGAGCACAACACGGAAACAGAACAGUCAGCAAAAAGGGACGCUUCUAACAAGAAAGUAUCUUCUCCAAUUGUUUGCCUUCCGAAAUACCACCUAUUUGACGCCAAAGGACAUCCAUUUCAGAUAUAA